AUGGCUAGAAAAUCUAGAAAUAAUCGUUGUAAGACUGCUGGUAAAUUUACUACUAACCCCACACAGUAUUUGCCAUUAUGCAAUUCGACCAAGUAUGAUCACAUAUAUGAUAGGGCAACUGGCCUUAUCACUGUCAAGAAUAUAAGACAGGAUAGGAUUGUAGGCGUGUUCGAUUAUCCUGAACUCAUAGGAUUUAGUAAUAGAGCAUUAGAACUGAUAGCGGGUUCAUACCCAAAUCUGAAGUAUCUCAAUCUGUGUGAUGAUCAGUCAGGUGACUUUAGGAGCUUUCGUGCUCGAGAAGUGGAUGAUGGAGGUUUAUGGAGAAUCGCAAAGUCAUGCCAUAAAUUAGAAUAUUUAAAUAUUGCCUAUUGCACAGAGAUUACUAAACAUUCAAUUUGCGGUAUUAUUCGUUUCUCUCCAAUGCUCCAGCAUCUUGACAUUACCUUUUGUAAAAUUAUUUCUGAUAUGACUAUCGAAGAAAUUGCUAGAUUAUGUCCCAAUUUAAAAUAUCUUAAUUUAGAAGGGUGUUAUAAUAUUAGCAAAAAAGCC